UCGUGGCGGCCGGGAAACGGUUUCCCCGGGGAGAAGAGGCUCGCCUCUUUCAGUACAACAGCCUUUGCAGCCAGCAAGAAGAAAGCAAGAGGAGGCAGCCAGCCGCCGUUGCUGCAGUUGGGUGGGGAGUGCAGAAGAUUUUGCGAAUGCCUCGCACGUCGUGUUUUGCAGGAACUUUCCACGGCCGUCCGAAUCAUUCCGGAUCGUUUGGCGAGAGGAGCCUUGGCUGCAUAAUGGUGUGAUGAGGACUACAGCCUUUAAGAGAGAGAGAGAGAGAGUCAUAUCCCAAGAGGCUUCAGAUGCAAGUGGGAAUCAACCGGCAUAUUUUGAAGACUUUAUAUGCUGUCUUGUUAACCUGCUCCACGUAGACAGGCAGACAAACAACUGUUCAUACUUCAGGAAAGCCUGGAAGUGUGCCUUACAUGAAUGCAUCAGGUGAAGAAGUUAAAAUCUUGAAGGCCCAGCAGGAUGUGAAGCCCAGAUAUGAGCAGUAACUACUGCAACAACGUGUCAGUCAGCAUGAGCGUCAAUGAGGUGUCCACCUUUCCCCUGACUCUGGAACAAAAAACCGGCUUUGCCUUUGUAGGGAUCCUGUGUGUCUUCUUGGGACUUCUGAUUAUCAGAUGCUUCAAAAUCUUAUUAGACCCUUAUAGCAGUAUGCCGUCUUCCACGUGGGAGGAUGAAGUUGAAGGGCUGGAUAAGGGGACAUUUGAAUAUGCUCUUGCAUGAAAUCUUUCAAAAGAAUGACCCUGCCUUAAUUCUGAUGUUUUUCAUUUGGGGGGGAGGGGGCGGAAUUCCCUAGGAAGGAUGCAUUUGUAACAGACAUCUAUGUUUUGAAGAUACAGUGAUGGCAUUUUUUGUUGUUGUUGAAUAAAGCUUUGUUGCAGAUUCAUAAA